AUGGCAUUGGAAAAGUAUAAGGAAAAGAAUGGUUCCAACUUUCCUGACGUUCGCGCGUGGAUGGUUGUAAAAGACGAACCAAAAUAUAGGCCUAUUCCCAACGAGGUGGCGAUGGCGAAACGCCAAAAAACAUCGGAAACGGGUAGUUUUAGCGCCGGUGGAUUGGACGCGAGUUGUCACAUAAACUUAAAUGAUGACGCCGACUAUGACGAAGACGAGUAUAACGUACGUGAACCGGAGCGUCCACCGGGCCGAGACAAAACAAAGAAGGAGCGGGCCAAGGGAAAAGAAAAGGAAAAGGUGGACCCGAACAUGGUUGAGUUUAUGGAACACCUAAAAAUGUACAACGACGUCACGGCCCAAAAGACGAAGGCGAAGGAGCGGGGCAUCGAAGAAAAAAGUCGUGCAUCGGAAGAAAAGUUAAAAGAGAAGGUCCGAUUGGCGAAUGAGAAAAUCCGAAUUUCCGAUGAAAAAAUUCGGCUCAAGGAAUGGGAAAUAAUGACGAUGAAUGUCGAGGACGAACCCAACCGAAACGUUCGAUGUUGA